AUGAUUCAAUUAUUAGAACCAUUUAAAGCUUUAAUACGAAGAUUUACUGAAAAUGAUGAUGAUUCAAGUUCUACAAGUGAUGAUAAUGAUAUUCCAGCUGCUAAGAAUCAACAACAUUUAAAACAUGCUUAUCAACAAUUUAAGCAACAGAUAAAAAAUACACGAAGGCGAG